AUGUCGCAGUACCAACGGCAUCAAAACGUCACUUGGCCAAGUUGCUGGGCUGGAGCCACAAUCGUCCAAUUUCUCCUGGAACGAUAUCUUCGCUUACUGAUCAUUAGGUAUGCAAUGAAGGAGAUCAACAACGAUCCCAACAUUCUCCCAAACAUCACUUUGGGCUUCCAGAUCUAUGAUUCUUGUCGAGUUCUCCAGAAGGAACUUGAAGGCACCUUAUGGAUGAUAACAGGCCAGAACAGAGCUAUACCCAAUUACCAGUGCCAAAAGAGGAAUCGACUGGCUGCUUUCAUUGGCUACAGUACAUCAACGUUCUCAAUGCUCAUGGCUCACAUUCUGGGUGUCAUCAGGUAUCCACAAAUCAGUCAUGUUUCGACCAGCUCCCGUCUAAGUGACAAGACCCAGUUCCCAUUCUUUCUUCGCACAGCUCCAAGUGAUGCUUUCCAAUCCAAAGGACUGGCCCAAAUGUUGUUGUAUUUCCAAUGGACCUGGGUGGGGAUGAUCGCUGAUUCUAAUGAUUAUGGAUACCAGGGCAUACAGGCAGUGAGACAAGAAUUUAUCAAAUCUGGAGCUUGUGUGGAAUUUUUGGAGUAUAUUCAGAGCAGUCGUCCAGAUCGCAACAUUCCACGUAUCAUCCAGACCAUCAAAAAGUCCAGAGCCAAGACAAUAAUUAUCUUUACAUCUGAAGCUGACCUCAUACCUCUGUUUGAUGAAUGUCUACGUCAUAAUAUCACUGGGAAGCUUUGGGUGGCCAGUGACGGCUGGGCAACAUCCAGCUUGCUAGCCUUUGAAAAAUAUGCCAAGCUUCUUACAGGAACCCUGGGCUUCUAUUUUUCUGUUGAACAAAUUCCAGGGUUCCAGGACUAUACUGAGAAUUUUAAUUUCUCCAAAGUGUUAGAAGAGCCCUGGGAUAGGAUGUUUUGGGAAAAUAAUAUUGGUUGUAGUUUUUUGGAUGUCAAAAACAUAACCUUCAACCGUGAAAGGCCAAAUAGGAAUUGCACAGUGGAUGACAGAUUGGAGAACUUUCAGAUAAGCCUGAAUAAUGUAUCUAACUUCGGAAUGUCAUAUAACCUCUACAAUGCUAUCCAUGUAAUUGCUAAAGCUAUGCAUAACUUGAAUUUAUGUAGAGUUGGAGAAGGUCCUUUUCUAAAUGGAAGCUGCUCAGAUGUUUUUAACAUUAAGCCAUGGCAAGUAAGAAAUCUUCAGUAG